GAAUGUGGUCUGCAAGAUGGCAGGUGCACAGACGAAAAGACAUUUACAUCUAAUUCUCAUGUAUUGUGCCUGUUGUCUACUUUUAUUUGCAGUUUUCUCUAGUCAUUUUAUUGAAUUGCGGCCACGUGCACUAGUAUCUCUGGUUCAAAAGAAUGAAACAACGCCUUUAUUUUCUCAUGAUGACACAUGUAAACCAGUCCAGCAAAUAGUAUUUUUGAAGACUCAUAAAACGGCCAGCACUACAAGCAAUACAAUAAUUCAAAGAUAUGCAUAUUUCAAUAAUCUCACAUUUGCUCUUCCUUACAUCGGUGGAAAAUUUUGUUUCUACCAACUUUUCAAUCGUAGAAUGGUCAGUAAUCCAAAAUUUGAAUUUGACCCCGGGAGUGCAGCUAGUGUGUUCAAUAUACUUGCCAAUCAUGCCAGGUUUUCUAGAACUGAAAUGGAUGUAGUUGUACCACAAGCUACAUAUUUAACUAUCCUCCGGAACCCAAUUGCAAGGUUUGAAUCAGUUUUUGGAUAUUACAGAAUUGAUGAAGAAUUAAAGUUGGAUAAAUAUUCCAAUCCGAUUGAGGCAUUUUUCGAAAAACCUGAUUACUAUUUUAACAGACGCCCAUCCAUGUAUUUUCAACUAAAGAAUGGAAUGAUGUAUUCACUUGGACUUGAUCAUCGUUUCCAUGACAAUACAACUCGUGUGUUGGAGAAGAUUGAACAGCUUGAUAGAGAAUUUGAUCUUUUUAUGAUGACUGAAUACUUUGAUGAAUCUCUUGUGUUGAUGAAAAAGAUACUUUGUUGGGAUACCGAUAGUAUGAUGUAUCUCCCCAAAGGAUUGCGUAAAGAAUCUCGACGAUUUAACCUCACUGAUGAGAUGAAGGCAAAAAUCAGGGCCUGGAAUGCAGCAGACGUCAUGCUAUAUAACCAUUUUAACAAAUCAUUUUGGAGAAAAGUGAAAGAAUAUGGUGACAAUUUUCAGGAAGAUCUCCAGAACUUGCAAGAAGCGGAGAAACAAGUGUAUGAAACCUGCAUAGAUGCAGAUCGCAGGCCACGAGGAUAUUUAGAUCCAAGAGAAAGCUUUCUAUCACUGCGAAAAAAUGCUAGUGAAUUGUGUCGCAUUCUAUAUAAACGUGUUGAUUAUUUUGUGAACCAUGCCAGGGUCAAACAAGACACCCCACCUGCGCCCAGAGGUCGUUAUGGUUACUCGUGUAGAGACACAACACCACCUCUAAGUGUACAAAAACUGUAG